AUGACAAUGAAACUAGAAUCUUUAUCCAACGAGGUACUCCUUGAUUUAUUCGAAUUACUCGAUGUAGUUAAUCUUCUACGUGCUUUUUCGGGUCUCAAUACUCGCUUUAAUUCUUUACUAGUUGGUGAUUUUCAAUCGUAUCGUGUCGAUCUUCGUUCGAUGUCUAAAGAAGAUUUUUAUAUUUUCUAUUCGACAUAUCUUCCAUCGAUAUUAAAUCGGAUAAUUUAUCUUCGCCUAUCCGACGAUGAGGACACGCCAUGCCAAUGCAGUCACUUUCAAUCGACUGCUUUUACAUUAAACCGAUUUAUUCGUCUUCGUUCAUUAAUAUUCAACAGCUUUAGUACGGACGUGAAUAUUAAUCAAGAGUUUUUUGCCGGCCUACAUCACCUUCAUAAUCUAACACGUUUGAAAUUCGUCGAUUGCCGAUUGUAUCAUCUUCACUUGGAAGAUUUUCGAGAUGUAAUUGAUCAAAUUUGGAAUCUACCGAAGCUAUCUCGUUUAUAUUGGCAUAUCAGUUUUAAAUGCUCACGUCGAUUUUCUCUUCCUAAGUAUACUUCACGAUCGUUACGAUACUUAACAAUUGUCAACUAUAAUUACGAUUCGUACGACUUUGCCUGUUUAUUAGAAAAAACACCGUACUUACGAAAAUUUUCCAUGCUAUCGGAUGAUUAUGGAGAUCAGGAUAUACGCAUUAGUCGUAAUUUUUUACCAUCAUCUCACACUUCAUCCAUUCGAGAGCUGACUCUAUUUUCAAUGCGUUCACAAGCUCUGAUGACUAGUUUAUUUCAAUUUUUACCUCAUGUUACUCAUCUAAAGAUCGAAAUAUUUUCUAUCGAUUUAGAUGGACACCAAUGGAAAAAGAUGAUUGUUAACUACUUACCUCAACUUAAAGAUUUACAAUUUAAGAUAGACUUGGAUCUUUGUCGUUCGAUUGAUGAUUCAACAAAUGAAGACAAAAUUGAUCAAUAUCUAUCUACAUAUCGUACAUCGUUUUGGAUCGAACAUCAUCAAUGGUUUAUUCGAUGUCAUUGGUAUCAAUCGAAUGGAUUUCUUCGAAUUUGUGUUUAUUCAUUACCAUNACAAUUUAAGAUAGAUUUGGAUCUUUGUCGUUCGAUUGAUGAUUCAACAAAUGAAGACAAAGUUGAUCAAUAUCUAUCUACAUAUCGUACAUCGUUUUGGAUCGAACAUCAUCAAUGGUUUAUUCGAUGUCAUUGGUAUCAAUCGAAUGGAUUUCUUCGAAUUUGUGUUUAUUCAUUACCAUAUGUAUUCUCUUAUUUUCCUCUUUUCGAUCGGAAUUUCAAUUUUCAUACAAAAUCGACUUGUUCACCUGAUAUGAAUCAUCCGUAUAAUUCUGUUCGUGACAUAGGUUAUGAACCAUGGAUGUUCCACGAUGAAGCAUUAUCUCAUAUUCAAAUGGUCAAUGUCGAAAAGUUAUCGCUUCGACUUCCCAUUGACCAGCAAUUUUUCUCAAUUAUUCCCAAACUUGAAAAUCUGUUUUCACUUACUGUAGUGGUUCCAACUGAAAAUCAUCGAUUCCAAUUACAAACAAUACUUGACCGUGCGCCUCGUCUAUUUUCACUUUCAUUUAACUAUUCCAUCGCUUCAGUAAUGCCACCCUAUCGAUAUACAGGCUCAUCAAUACGUCGACUUGAUUUAUUAGGCUAUGAUCCAUGGCGUUGUCGUCAUCGGUAUGAUAGUAAAAAAUGCAUGGAAUUAAGCCAAUCACCAUUGGGUAUUCAAUGUCGAAUACUAGCCAUUGAAGUAGAAGAACCAAAAUGUAUUGUGCAAUUAAUUUAUACGAUGAUAAAUCUUCGAACAUUAAAUGUUUCCUAUGAAAAUGAUGACUGCACCAAUGAAUAUGAUCUUGUCAAAGUCUUACAGCAUUGCUUACCGUCAACAUGGAGUAUUACCAGAGCUUCUUAUGGACGUAUCAUUCUUCAAUCAUGA